GAGUCGGAACGACCGCCUGAUUAUCCCUGAAGCAAACUCCGCUCGCUGAGCGCUCAACCAAGCACUUUCUCACUCCUUCACCAGAGUCAACCUGAAACAGCGAAUAAAAAAAAUGUCUCAAGUCAUUUUGUGCUAAACCUGUGCCCACCUACCUUGCAAAAGGAGCAACCCAACUGCGAAUCGAAAUCUGCACGGCCAAUGCGAUCGUGAUCGAUUUUAAAAGGAAUAUUUUAACUGAUCCCACUGCCUCUGCUUAUGUCAACUUGACUGGGAUUCAUUGUAUGCUGAAUCACAGCUGAUCUAACACUCAGUGGCAUCAUGGCUUUAGAAAUGGAGCAAAAAGCAAGCAAACUGACUUUUGGAUUUCAGCGCAGUUCAACAUCAGAUGAUGAUUCUGGUUGUGUUUUGGAAGAGUAUGCUUGGGUUCCACCUGGCCUAAAGCCAGAACAGGUACAGCUAUAUUUUUCAUGCCUGCCAGAAGACAAGAUCCCUUAUGUCAACAGUCCUGGAGAAAAGCACAGAAUUAAGCAGCUCCUGUACCAGCUACCACCCCAUGAUAAUGAGGUGCGUUAUUGUCAAUCUCUGAGUGAGGAAGAAAGGAAAGAAUUGCAGCUCUUCAGUGCCCAGAGGAAGAAAGAUGCACUGGGAAGAGGAACUAUCAAACAGCUACCAAGAGUUCAAACGCAUAUUGCUUGUGAUCAGUGUAAGGAGAAGAUAAAAGGAGGUGAGGUCGCAAUAUUCGCCUCCAGAGCUGGUUCUGCUGUUUGCUGGCACCCAGCAUGCUUUAUCUGCUCAACCUGCCAGGAGCUCCUCGUUGACCUCAUCUACUUUUACCAAGACAGGAAAAUCCACUGUGGCAGGCAUCACGCUGAACUUCUGAAACCCCGCUGCUCUGCCUGUGACGAGAUUAUUUUUGCCGAUGAAUGCACAGAGGCUGAAGGCCGGCACUGGCACAUGAAGCACUUCUGCUGCUUUGAGUGUGAAACAGUUCUGGGCGGACAGAGAUAUAUUAUGAAGGAUGGGCGCCCGUACUGUUGUGGCUGCUUCGAGAGUCUGUACGCAGAAUAUUGCGAAGCAUGUGGAGAUCAUAUAGGAGUUGAUCACGCACAGAUGACGUAUGAUGGGCAGCAUUGGCAUGCCACCGACAAAUGCUUUUGCUGUGCCCAGUGCAGGACUUCGCUUCUGGGGUGCCCAUUCCUCCCAAAGCAAGGUCAGAUUUUCUGCUCGAAAUCCUGCAGCAUGGGCGAAGACGUCCACGCCUCGGACUCCUCUGACUCUGCGUUCCAGUCUGCGCGGUCAAGAGAGUCCAGGAGGAGUGUGCGACUGGGAAAAAGCAGCAAGUCUGCGGACCAGUGCAGGCAGUCACUGCUGCUUUCACCGACGGUAAAUUACAAAUGCCCCGAUCUCUCUGACAGGGGCGACGACCCUUUAUCUCAACAAAUGGACGCCCUCAGCCUCAACAGCCCAGCUGAGAGUCUCAGCAACAAUCAUUUCUGGAAGGGCCGAGUGGAGGCCGAUGCAGCUGAAGAACAUGAAGAAUGGGCCGAGCACGAUGAUUACAUGACCCAGCUACUGCUUAAGUUUGGCAGUCGGGGCGUCUUUCAGCAGUUCAGUGAAGACGCCAAGCACUGGAUAUCAGACAGCGAAGGCAAAACUAAAAUGGAACUGAAUGGCCGUAAUGGCCAAGGCUUGGUAAGUACGAAGUAUGAAUCCAACAUGUACUGGGCACAAUCCCAAGAUAAUCUAGGAGACUCUGCCUAUGGGAGCCACCCAGGACCUGCCAGCAGUCGCAAGAUCCAAGAGCUUGACAUUGAUCAUGGUGCAGCCGCCUACAAUCAUGACCAGAACCAGUGGUACGAAGAUUCACUGGAAUGCCUCACGAAUGAGUUAAAGCCAGCUGAGCAAAGUGUUCGAGAUUCUGUGGACUCUCUAGCCCUGUCCAAUAUCACAGGCGCAUCAGUAGAUGGAGACAACCAGCAACGAUCAUCUGUGUUUGCUCUCCAGGAUUUCCAAGAAAUUGAGAAUGACUGUGAGAAAAUGAGUAACAUGGGGACGAUGAACUCCUCAAUGCGCCACCGCAGCACAGAAUCCCUCAAGAGUUUGACCUCCGAACUCUGUCAGGUCAUGGCCCCAGAGGAGAAGCGAAAGCCACUCUGCAAUCCGAUGCUGAGAAGAUCAAAGUCCCAGUCAAGGCCCCAGCAAGUUAAGUUUUCUGAUGACGUCAUUGACAACAGGAGUUACGAGGAGAUCGAAAUCCGGCAGCCUCCGAUGAGCGAGAGAACUCGCCGGCGCGCAUACAACCUUGACGGCUACGCCAAUCGGCAUCAUCAUCGUCGCCGCAAGAGCAGGAAGUCCCGUUCUGACAAUGCCCUCCAUCUGGUGACGGAGAGGAGAAGUCCCCGAGAAAGGCCUUGUGUUUACCCUCCAGAGGACUGUGAAAAAUUAACCCAAGUCAAAGUCUCGCAUGAAAGGCGGGCAUACGUUCAAAGCCAGGAACUGUAUGGGCAGUACAGUCAUAACCCAGACUACGCCCUGCAGAACCAAGUUGUGGACAAAUUUCUUGGCUUGUAUGCGGAGGAUGAUGACUCCUGGUGCUCAACCUGCUCCUCUUCAUCCUCCGAUUCAGAAGAAGAAGGUUACUUCCUUGGGCAACCGAUCCCACAGCCCAGGGCCCAACGAUACCAGUAUUAUACGGAUGAUCUUGCAGGGCCGUCAUCGGUGCUGGCGAGUUCUAGUAUUGGGUCACGGACCACCAAAUCCAAAAAGAAAAAGGGGCACAAAGGGAAAAAUUGUAUAAUUUCCUAGAGCAGAAUGUGUAUGAACCAAAUCUGCAAGGAGCCUUUCCCACUUACUACUCUGUGAAUUCAGAUGGUGUUACUAAAGCAACCUAUAAGUUCAUUUGAAACUACAGAACACCCAGAGACAAAGUUGCUGGUCAGACUGCUACUUUUCCACUUUAAAGCCAAGAGUGACUGACACGGCAGUUGUGGAUAAACACACUAUUGUUUACACUUGUAGCGGUUCACUUGUUUCUGUAUUUUCACUGACUAUCUACUAAUAAGCAGUGGAUUGGGUAACAUCCCUGUCUCUGAGCCAGAAGGUACAGGUUCAAGUCCCACUCCAGGGCUUAAUGGUCAAGGAAGGUGCAUAAGUAUGUCGCAAAACAGGUUGGUUGUGAACAGUAAAUUCUUCCCAUGCCAAUGGAGGCAGUAUCAGCUGGAUAGAUUCCUGGUGAACCAUGUGAUGGACAAAGAAACAUUCUUAUGUCACUGUCCACAGUGAUACAUAGAUACGUACAACAUGCAUGUAAAAGGUGAUGUCGCCACAGCAACUCAGACCCCCUGAGCAAACCCCCUCUCUUUAUAGUUCUUCAAUCAACCAGUACAACACGGAACUUCAUACUGUUGAGUGUAUACUUUCAGAAAGUUUUAACUAGUCUUAACAGCUUUUAACUUUGUAACCUGUUUUAAUAUGUCUUUAUUGGUGCUUUCUGUAUUAUAAUGUUAAAUGUUCACUUUUAUUAAGGUGUUUGCAAUGAGCAUGUAAAGGCAAAGCAAAAGUUGCUGAGUGACCAAUGGGCAAUAAUGAAAGUCAGGCUGAGCGCAAAUCUGCUUCCCAAUUCUCAAUAUUACAGGCAUAAAAGUAGCAGCGAUCAAAGAAAAAUGUUGGUAUUUAAAAUGUAGGAUUUAGUAACUAAUGUUAAUCAUAAUUUAACAGUGCAAAUACUGUAUAUAUUGUACAGUUCAGAUUAAGAACUGAUAUUUUUAUAUAUCCCUGAAUUACAAAACAAGUCGUUUAUCUUUGGUUGUAAGAAAUAGAUGUAAUGAAGUAAUUGGCAACGUUAUAUUUGGUUUCAUAAUGACUCCUUGUCAAGUAACAGUUUAGCUUUUUGUCAUUAGGGUGUGCGUGUGUGUGUGUGUGUGUGCGUGUGUGCGCGCGCACGCGCGCGCGUGUUUAUGCUUUUAUGACAGCAAACGUUGCCCCCCCCCGGUUGUUGGUUCAAUUAAAUUCUUGCUGGAAUCAUCAGCAUGCAGAGUAUUAAUAGUCCUGCACAGUUGCAGAACUGGGGUGUCCUUGCUGUGUUACAAGAGCUCAGUGAGAAUCAGUUAAUGUAAAGAAAUAUCAAACUGAUGUAUAAAUGUAAAAACUGGAACAUGUAGAUGAAUAAAAUUAAUAAAAAAUGUUAUUGUAAGAUAA